UUUCAUUUUUCUUUUUCUUCAGCAGACGUUUGUGGUUGUCUGCAGCCAGAAGACAGCCAGGAUGUCACUGAAUGAUCGGUGGACCAUCAUGAAUAACAGCAGCUCGGAGCUCGACAGCAAACGACCAAGCAAACAGAAGAGAUGCUGCCACUUCCUGUUAUGGUCUGUUGUCGUGGUGGUCAUCAUAGUAGUCGCUGUCACGGCCACAGUCACCAUCCUGUAUCUAAACCAGUAUCCUCUGCCCUUCAUCAGCAGGGGUGGAGUAUCCUCCUCAUCCUCACCUGUAAUCUCAACCAAUCCCAAAGAGUCUGGCGCUUUGGUGACCGUGUCUCGUGUCACUGCUGGAGAACCAGUCAGCAUCUUUCUGGACCCAAACUGUCCAGAUUACAGUGAACACUUCCUGCGGUGGGAGGCACUGCAGAGCUCUGUGCUGCGAGCACUGACUAAUUACAAUGCAGAUGACUGGCAGGAGAGGGGAUUGGUCCAGAAGGUGGCAGAGGAGCUGAAGGUGCUGGUAGGUCAUGCCCACAGCCUGAGGCUGGAAGCUGAUUCCCUGAAAAGAGGUCAAGGUAUUCUGGACCAACGGCUGAAUGGACUGCAGAGCGAGCAGAGCCACAUCAUCCAGGUAUUGUCUGACAGUCCCUCAGGUGUGUUGAAUUUGGCUGCAGUUUUCAGCGAUUCUCUGCUCAGCCUGAAGAGAGAGAUAGAGAGUCUGAGGAGAAUGAAGGGUGACCUGCAGAAAGAUGAUCACUUCAAAGCGAUCAGACCCAGACACUGCAGUGAUGUCAUGGCAUCUGGUGUCUCUCAGGAUGGAGUUUAUUCUGUGUUCCCAACUCACACCCCCAACGGCUUCAUGGUCUACUGUGACAUGGCCACAGACGGAGGCGGCUGGACGGUGAUCCAGAGGAGGGUGGACGGCUCAGUGAAUUUCUUCCGAGGAUGGGAGGCGUACAGAGAUGGCUUUGGACUAACGACAGGAGAGCACUGGCUGGGUUUGCAGAGGAUCUACUCUCUGACCAGGUCGGGUGGUUUUCAGUUACGUAUCGACAUGGCCGACUUUGAUAACGCCACAGCCUUUGCUUGUUAUGCAGAUUUCUCUGUCGGUCGGAACUCAGUGAACCCGGAGGAGGAUGGGUACCCACUGACUGUGGACCAGUACUCAGGGACUGCAGGUGAUUCCCUUCUGAAGCACUCUGGGAUGCGGUUCACCACCAAAGACCAAGACCAGGACCAGUCUGAGAACAACUGUGCAGUGUACUACCAGGGGGCAUGGUGGUACCGUAACUGCCACACUUCCAACCUGAAUGGGCAGUACCUGAGAGGAGGUCACGCCUCCUACGCUGAUGGGAUUGAGUGGUCCAGCUGGACCGGCUGGCAGUACUCGCUCAGGUUCACUGAGAUGAAGAUAAGGCCCAAUGCCAAGCCAGACUCCCGAUCCCCUGACCCUAAACCUGACCUCUGACCUAAACAAGCCUCCCGACCCAGAGACCACUAAUCUGAAACGUGACCUUUUUCAUGUCAUAAGGAAUCUGCUCAGUAACU